AUGGCCGCACCACGGGAUCCAUGCCUCUAUAAAGAGACACCUCUUGUUCUUAAUAGUUUUAGCCCAGAGAGCCCUAUAACAUACACAAUCAAUGCAAAUUCAUCGCAAACAACACGUGCGCCUGUGGAGCCUGCAAGCUACCAACGAGCAGAGCAAGGAUCAAUACUAAGACUAAACAAUGACAUUCAAGGAUAUAUCUUUUGGCAAGUUGUGGACGCGGGCUGCGUGCUAAACCUCAGAUAUAUAUCCCUCACGGACGGAGAGAACACAACCCCUACGUUAGAUCAGACGGGGCCGGUUUUCCCCGUUCAGUUCUCGUUUGGUGGACAAAUAGUGCCAAAAGUCGCGUUCUUUGAAGGAGUCGGAAUUGUCCUAUGCCUCGUAUUGGUCAAAGACAUCUUAUACCGUCUUCGAUUACCCCUAAAAGACACGUUCGCCAAGCUACGUACUCUUCAAGACCGGCAACCAUGCAUAAUAACCGUACUCGACUACAAUAACUUUGUCGUAGGCUGCAGAGAUGGUGCAAUGUUCAAUUAUAAUUACGAUGCUAUUCGUACACAACAGCUUCGCCAAGCAAGUCCGCACAGCAUUGAAGACACAUUCAGUGAAACAGAACUUGCAGAGCCGUUAAUAAAACAGCUAAAAAAUCUCGGUUCUCUGUUGAUGUACUACGGCAAGCGAUCACAAUCAGAAUUAGACGAUAAUUCCUAUAGUGACAGCUCAUCGUUUCAACCUAUCUCGAUGGCCUCACAUAUAGACGGUAGUGUCAAAUUCAUAGUAAGCCUAUCGCGAGAUCGUAGAAUAAAAGUAUGUUCGUUGCCCACUGGUGAGCAUCUCGACGAUAGGCCAUUGAAAUCUGCAGGAGUAAUGGAUAAUAGUGAUUCCGAAGACGACGAGUCGGUCAAUAACGAUGCCAAUUUUGACGAAUCCACAGCCGAUCAAGGAGAUGAUAACAUCAGGAUAUCAGAUUUGCCUCCACAAAGUAAAAGUUAUAUUUGUAUACUUGGUGGAGGUGCGAAAUUCUCAAAAACAUUUAAUUUUCUGGUAUACGUACCUUAUCUGGAUAGUGGACUUUUUGCCCUGUAUCGUGUUCGUUAUGAACAAAAAGGUACUCUUAAAAGUUUGGAUAUUAUUGGUCAAAUAAGAUGUACGGCAGAUGAAUUUCUCAAAGAGAACGCACGUGCUCAUGCCUUUGUCAAACUGGUGGAUAUUGUUGCAGUAAAAAAAUUUGAAAACAAAAUCGAAUCUCCAUUUGACAAUUCUGUUGGGACGCAGGUCUGGACUUUAUGGACGCUGUGGGAUAGGGCAGGGCGUGCUACAAUAGCAUAUACAGACUUAAAGAUAACUUUCUUCAAAAGUCUAACGGAACCGAGCGAAUGUGUCGCGGGUGGGGUAUCUAUACACGGCGCAUCUUAUAGGCAAAAUUGGAUGAUAGUCGCACAUCCUUUACCGGAGCGACUUAAUCCAACCCAAUUUCUAAAAGACACUGAUAACGCCGAAGUUAUUAAUGAGGAAUUUCUCGAGUAUACAUUAAUUCCUGGUCGAUUCUCUGCAGCCAUCAUUCAGUCGAGUUUAAUGAGUUUUAUAACCGAAAGCAGCGAUCUCCAACUGUGCAAGAGAAAAUCUCAACUAUUGCUAGACGCCAGGGACAUUAGAGAUAAGGUUAAAGAUUAUGUUACAGGGCACGUUGUCAGACAACACGAUCCUGAGACUGGAUUGAUACGCGAAAGUCAAUAUAUCGAAAAUUUGCAGGCAGAAUGGAUAAGAUUCUUGUCAAAAUGUCAUCAAUUUUUAGAAGAUGCUCAGAAACCUGUAAGUCUAAUGGUUGACGCAUCUUCCAAAUUUUUUUCCAUCAUUAAAAAACACGGUAUAUCAGUUUUGUGCCUGUGUGAGGCAUUAGAAGUAAUACAUCAACAUUUUGAAGGCGAGCACAAUGGGGAUCGACUUGAAAGCAUAUCCGUUGAUGCAUUCAUUCCUCAAUAUGAGUGUUUAGUGGAUGAGCGAGAGCGAGUGGAUGUUAUAAGAAUUUUCAAAGCUGCGGACUUUGUGGCAUCAAGAUUUCAGUCUGACAUCAUUAGCUUAGAAGAACAGUUGGUGGAGGGACUAUUGGGCGUACAAGAAGAUCCAACUAUAACGGUUGCUGUGAACUUUUAUACGCAAUUUAUGAUCAAGAAUAUUGGAGAGCAUUCGGAAACAAUAUGGUCUAUUGUCAAAUCGACAGGAAAAUGGCGAAAAUGCGUAAGAUCUAUUAUAGAGAUGUUAAGUGGUGUGUUAGAAGACAAGCGUAUACCAGAUGCUGAGUAUACUUCUUCGAUAUUCGCAAAUGCGUUGUAUGCAUCUUCAACCCAACAAGUCAUUCAGACACGUUACAAGAUAUCUCGUAACAUAUUGCUGUUGUUGAUUACUAUUGCAUCUUCUCCAUAUAAUGAUGAAUUAAUGGGCACAAGGAAACUUCUUGGAAGUGCGAUGAUGACAUACUAUACGCAGAGGCUUCUCAUGUGGAUGUCAAAACAAUGCAUACCACCAUCAACGUCACAAGAAGACAAUUCGGAAGAUAACAUAAUUGAGAAAUUUUCG